AGACAAGGCCGAGAUCAGUAACCACAUCCGGGACCGCGAGCAAGCCCUGAGCCAGAAGAUGACUCUGUCCAAGAGAAAGAUCAUGUACAUGGGCGGCUUCGAGGAGAUCUCGGGCACCCACGCCCUCUUCCUGCCGAAGGGCGAGAACUACAUGGAACUUCCUUCGCCGUUGCAGGUCUACGUAGUGCACGACAACGUGGAGGUUUAUCCCGACGACCAGUACGAGGAGCUGCAGCGAAGGAACUACGCCGACCUGGACGGACCCGCCUACAGGUUCUGCGUCGAGUACUCCAAGAGACACAUCGGAUACGUGCGCCUCCGCUGCGCCGACAUCAUCCCGGGCGUCUCCCGCAACAACACCUACGAGGACAUCUACGCCUUCAUGCCCCCCGUGGACGAGACGAAGCCCGACCCCGUGGUGGACAUGAGGCCCCUGCGAAGGAGCUCCGUGGUGUCCCCUGACGAGGACGACCUUUCCCUCACCAGGCAGGAGGAUCGGCCCUUCUUGCAGCACGUCUCGUCGAUCGAAGAGGGGGACGAGGACGAAGAGAAAAGGGAAGACAAGGAAUCGGAGGAGGGCGAAGAGGAGGAGGAUGGGGAGGAGGAGGAUGGGGAGGAGGAGGACAGCUUCGACGGGGAGCCCAUGAGGCCUCCCACGCACCUCCUGGGCCGUCGGCCGAGUGGGGUUAUGCCGCUCAAUUACCCGACGGGAAGGCUCUCCAAGCAGAACCCGCCGAAGAGGCCCAACGGCAUCAUCAAGACCGGGAUUCUGACCAAGAGGGCCCCCCCCAACCCGAAGCCCGGCCCUCGGCUGCUGACGGAGCGGCGCCCCAGCGGGGUGUUCCCCAAGAUGAACCCGAACAUGGACCGCUUCAAGAUCACGUCGGAGCAGCACAGGAAACUUCAGAGCAGCGGCGACAACUUCAGUGCGCUGAAGCGGAUUCUGGCGGGGAUCGAGGAGGGCAGCGAAGAGGACGACGAGGACGACUCGCAGAGUGAGAAAAGCAGCCUGAGCGACGUCAAGGCGCACCAGGAGGCUCCCGCGAUUGAAGACAUCCCCGACAAGGGAGCCGAAGAGGCAGCCGCGGAGAAGCCGAAGGAAGAGGUCAGGUUGCACGCCUCGAUCAACACCGGCUGCUUCAUGAACUGCAAGAUUCGGCUGCGCGUGGAAAACGACGCAUACGGGAUCAAGGCGCGCAGCGAACUCAGGACUUACUUCUCCUCCGAGAGAUACAUGGAGUGCUUUGAAGAGGAUUUCGACACCCUGGCUAAGAUUAUUGGGAAGGAGCACCUAGUGGACUCCAGCCAAGUGCAAAUGCCAGCGAUCCUUGCCAGUGAACUAAUGAUUGAUGGGAUCGGUCCCAAGUUCAACACCGAGUUCAUCCCCACAAUCCUGCACAAGGAAUGGCCUCGCUGCGCCUUCGAGUGGAAGCUCCGGGACCGCAAGCCGAGGGCCGACCCGACCACGAAGACCCUAUACAGAUGGCCCAAGUACUCGACCAUCAACGAAGUCGUGAACAGCGGCUGCAACCUCGUCCCCAUCGGCCACUACAGGCCCUCGCAACCCAACGUCGUCAUGAAGAUGGAGUGGCAGAUUCAGUUCAACAAGGCCGAACAGAUCCUCCUGAGGAGUCUCGGCCACUCGCAGAUCCGCCUGCUCCUCUUGGUCGAGUUCCUACUGCGGGACCACCUGCAGGAAAUCCCCGGCCUCAGGACACAGCAUCUCCGGUUCAUCUUGUACUGGAUGUGUGAGCACAACUUCCGGGACUGGCAGGAGGAGAGGCUCGGCAACAAACUCAAGGCCUAUUUCAAGACUCUCUACAACUGCCUCUCCACCGAACACCUCCCGCAUUACUUCAUCGACAAGUGCAACAUGCUGGAGACCAUACCCGAGCGCUACUUGAGACAGGUUCAGGCAUUAGUAAAGAGCAUGAAAGACAAUCUUCCAAUUUACAUGAUGCACACUAUGCUGCGGAUUCGUACCGAAGAGGAUUUCUACCCGAUGCUCGAUAUACGCGAACUUUACAAGCUUCUCCUCCCCAAGACAUUUAGCAUUGGACAGAUAAAUCCUGCGCUUCUAGGCCUGACCGACGACGAUGCCCUGGACGAGAUGGGAGAAGAAGGCGUGUCUUCGGGAAAAAUUAAAAAGCUUGACGAUGGCGAAGACGUUCUCUACAGCGACUCCGAAGAAGAAAGAGCACAUCAAGACAUGAAGGAGCAACUCCACGCCCUUCGACAGCAGCGGAAGCUCGCCGCUCAGCGCUCCUCCAAGGACGACCAAAGGAAGAAGAGGCGGCGUUCGACAAUAAACCUCAAGGCCAAAAUCCACUGCGUCAAAGACCUCCGCGCCGGCAAGGUCCUCAGCCUGUUCGCCAAGCACUUCAUCGGCAUGGCGCGCGCCUCUAACAAGUACCGGGCGUACCCUCAGGCAUACAUGUACCUGCUGCUAGCGGGCAACAUGGCGACGCUGAUGGAGGAGACCGGUAACGGACAAGAAGCCGAGGUGUUCAACAGAGAGAUCGAGGAGCUGAACGUGGCUUCCAGAGGGGGUGUUAAGGACAUGCUGGGGUCGUCGUGGGGCAUGACCGACACCCACGACCUCAUGCUGGGUAACCCCAAGCUACGUGGCUCCAACUGGGAGCUCAAGAAGGAGCAGCAGCCUCUGCCGUCGCCCCCUAUGAGGGCUUCCCCCGUGUCGGGCCUGAAGCUGACGAAGAAAAAUCUAGGCGGACUGGUGGACAACCUGAACGAACUCCCACAAGCGAACAAGAUGAAAGUAACGGAAAGCAAAAGCAACGACUCUCUGUUCGACGCAAUGCUCCUGACAAGGGAGAGAACCCAGUCGGCGACGAACAACCCCAACCCGCUUCACGACCCUUCAGCCAUCGUCGUGUUCUCCGACGAGGACGAGGAGGAGGCGUCGACGGACCUCUAAAGGCCGCUGCGGGCAUGAGUUCCUCGAGUGCAGUGUGGCAGAAAUGGGAUCCUGUCCUUCCCACUUCAGUAAUAAAGUUGUGCAUAGACAUAUACAUCACAUUUGAGCAUAAUGAUCGAAUGGUACUCUCACGGUGACACAAAAAUCAUAAAUGUAUGUGAUAAGAAAUUACUAGACUAUUACUUACGGUAAAUACAUGUUGUCACUGUUAUAACAACUGUUAUAUUAAAUUCAUGAACUUGGUAUCUACACGAGAUGAUUAAUGAGCUGAACUCCAUUUUAUUUAAUAAAGAAUUAAAAAAAUGUGUAUAUAUUCCCUCUUACUCAAAUAUAGUAUCCAUGUUAAAAUGGCAUCCAUUUUCGUUAGUUUCUGUUUUUUUUUUUACUUUUUCUUUUUUCUAAUACUUAUGAACAUCAUUUCCUCUUUUAUAUAUACUAAUGAACCUUUGUAUCACUUAUUCCCCAUAACUGCUGCUGACAACUAAAUGUUAUGCAUUUGGUUAAUAGGUUUUAAAGAUUCAUUACAAAAAUUACUACUUCCAAAGGCGCACACCAACGGUAGUGAUCAUCGAUGGGUCUUUAAGUUAAUGAUAUAAACUAGUUAUUGAUUUAAUGUAAAAAUAAUGAAUCUGUAAAUACUGUAAAUUAUUAGAAAUAAAAAAAAUCCUAUCCUUGUAA